AUCCCUCCUUCUCCUCGUGCCUCCCAGAACCUUCCAGUCUGAAGAUCCUGCACGCGCUGUCAAAAUGAUGGGCCAGCAGGUUUUAGUGCUCAACCAGAACAUGAAGAGGGAGUCGGGCCGUAAGGUCCAGACGGGGAACAUCGGCGCCGCCAAGGCGAUCGCUGAUGUGAUCCGGACUUGCCUCGGCCCGCGGGCCAUGAUGAAGAUGCUGCUCGACCCCAUGGGGGGCAUCGUGAUGACCAACGAUGGAAACGCCAUCCUGAGAGAGAUCCAGGUUCAGCACCCUGCGGCCAAGUCCAUGAUCGAGAUCAGCCGCACUCAGGACGAGGAGGUGGGCGACGGCACCACGUCCGUCAUCAUCCUGGCGGGGGAGAUGCUGUCGGUGGCAGAGCAGUUCCUGGAGCAGCAGAUGCACCCCACGGUGGUGAUCAGCGCCUACAGACAGGCUCUGGACGACAUCCUGGAGGCGCUGAAGGAGAUCAGCACCCCGGUGGACACGUCCGACCGCUCCAUGAUGCUGAAGAUCGUGCACUCUGCCAUCAACACCAAGGCUCUGAGCCGCUGGUCAGAGAUGGCGUGCGGCAUCGCGCUGGACGCCGUGCGCACCGUGGAGCUGGAGGACAACGGGCGCAAAGAGAUCGACAUCAAGAAGUACGCCAAGGUGGAGAAGGUCCCCGGAGGAUUCAUCGAGGACUCGUGCGUGCUGCGCGGCGUCAUGGUGAACAAAGACGUGACUCACCCUCGUAUGAGACGCCUGAUCAAAGAGCCCCGCAUCAUCCUGCUGGACUGCUCUCUGGAGUACAAGAAGGGGGAGAGCCAGACGGACAUAGAGAUCAGUAAGGAGGAGGACUUCGCCCGGAUCCUGCAGAUGGAGGAGGAAUACAUCCAGCACAUCUGUGAGGACAUCAUCCGCCUGAAGCCAGACCUGCUGUUCACCGAGAAGGGCAUCUCAGAUCUGGCUCAGCACUACCUGAUGAAGGCCAACAUCACCGCCAUCCGCCGUGUGAGGAAGACCGACAACAACCGCAUCGCCAGGGCGUGUGGCGCUCGUAUCGCUAACCGCACUGACGAGCUGCGUGAGGAGGACAUCGGUACCGGAGCCGGUCUGUUUGAGGUGAAGAAGAUCGGAGACGAGUACUUCACCUUCGUCACCGAGUGCAAAGAUCCUAAAGCCUGCACCAUCCUGCUGAGAGGGGCCAGCAAGGAGAUCCUGGCGGAGGUGGAGAGGAACCUGCAGGACGCCAUGCAGGUGUGCCGUAACGUUCUGUUAGAACCCGCCCUGCUGCCUGGAGGCGGCGCGGUGGAGAUGGCCGUCUCAAAGCGUCUGAUGGAGCGCUCUCGCUCUCUCACAGGCGUGGAUCAGUGGCCCUACAGAGCCGUGGCCCACGCCCUGGAGGUCAUCCCUAGAACCCUCAUCCAGAACUGUGGAGCCUCCACCAUCCGGGUGCUCACCUCUCUCAGGGCGAAGCACACCCAGCCGGACAGUGUGAACUGGGGCGUGGACGGAGAGACCGGCUGCAUCUCUGAUAUGAUGGAGCUGGGGAUCUGGGAGCCGCUGGCUGUCAAAGCUCAGGUCUACAAGACCGCUGUGGAGACGGCCAUCUUGCUGCUGCGUAUCGAUGACAUCGUCUCCGGUCACAAGAAGAAGGACAAAGACGGUCAGACGGGAGGACAGGGAGCGGAGUAGAUCAUCAUCUGUUACUGAGAGUCUGUGUGUGAAUGUGUAUGUGUGUGUGGGGACCAGAUGACUCACUGAAACUAAAAUAAACCGUCAAUAAAAGUGAAAGUUAGAAACCUGUUUGUGAAGUUUGUUCUGAUUAUUGACAGAUCAACGCUCAUUAACUGUAAGAAAUAAACCCUUUUUCACAUCACACCA